AUGGCUGAGGGAAAGCUCAAUAUCACUCCAAAAAAAUAUCUAAAAGAAAAUAAAUACUUUUGUUUUUUGUGUGGUAUCAACUUGCCGGAUGCGAAGAGAAGAGCAAGAAUAACUAGUUCAGUUGCCAAGCUGUUAUCUGAUAUUCUUGAAUGUGAACUUGACACCAUCGAUGUAACAGGAUACCUUUGCAACGAUGACUGUUAUAAAAAGACGAAUAGAUUUGCAGCACUGAGAACAUCGUUGGCGGAUCUGUCUGCAGCAUUAAAAGACAGACAAUCACAUGCUGCAUGUAAAACUUCAGUGCGAUUCAAUCGUGGAGUUCCGAGCGACGUGAAAGAAACAUCGCAACCCGCGCAGCGUCGGAAGAGUCUGAAUAGUGUUCUGAGUCAGACGUUUCAGGACAUUGCACCAAGUUCAACAUGUGAACGAUUCAAGAGUCAGUCUAAUACAGUUCAGAGUAUGAACUAUCAGAAAACUGCAUUAAAUUCAACCUGU